CGUUCUAUUUUCGCCUGCACCGCCAUGGAGCGCGAGACCAUUCUGCGGCACCAGCUGGACGGCACGGGAACCCAACGAAUGGUGACACUCAGCAACAUGAGCUCCACACUGGUCGAGACAGUGUCCAUCAACUAUGAAGACUUCAACGAGAGCUUCCUCACCUGCGGCACCUGCCUGUGCAUGUACGAUGGCGGCGAGCACACGCCCAAGCUGCUGCCGUGCUCGCACACCGUGUGCCUGCACUGCCUCACGCGCAUCGCCGCCUCGCAGACGCGCGACACGGGCACCUUCCGCUGCCCCAUCUGCCGGGAGCUCAUCACCAUCCCCCGGGGCGGCGUGCCCGCGCUGCCGCCCUCGUUCCUCGUCAACCAGCUGCUGGACCUCAUGUCGCGGCAGCGCCGCGAGGUGGUGCCCAAGUGCGCCACGCACCUCAACCAGGAGCUGCUCUUCUGCGAGACGUGCGACUCGGUGUUCUGCACGCUGUGCGCGGGCGGCAGCCACAGCAACGGGCCCGGCGAGCACACCAUCAUCCCCUUCUCCAUCGCCAUCAAGCGCAUGUCGGAGAUCCUGCUGUACAAGGCUAACGAGUGCAUCGCCAAGCUGUCGCAGGCGGAGGAGGCCGUGACGGCCGAGCUGCACCGCCUGGACGUGGCGACCGAGGCGUGCCUGGAGCAGGUCUCCAGCUCCAUCGCCGAACUGUCGGCCACGCUGGACAAGCGGAAGGCGCAGCUGCUGGAGCAAGUGACGCAGGCCAGCCAGGCCAAGCGGCAGGUGCUGGAGGAGCAGCUGGCCCUGGUGGCCGCCGAGAAGCAGAAGGUGGAAAAGGAGUGCGACGGCCUGCAGUACCAGGUGGAGGUGCGCUCCAUCUCGCAGCGCAUCGCCAGCCUGGGCGUGAAGCUCGAGUCGGCCAGCACGCUGCACGAGCCGCGCGAGAACUUACUCCUCAAGUCGGAGUUCAAGCACAACGACAGCGUGGAGCAGGUGGAGGCGGCGCUGCAGCGCCUGGGCCGCGUGCGCACCAGCACCACCUUCCCGUCGCUGUCCUCGGCCGCGCUGGAGCAGCCCGUGCCCGCCGUGGCGCGCCUGCCCGCCCAGGCCCGCCUCUGGACCGUGGACUACCACGGGUGCCCGCGCAAGACGGGCGGCGACCCCGUCGCGGCCCUGCUCGUCGUGGACCCGGACGAGCCUCCGCCGCCGUCCUCGGUCCCGGCGGCGGUGGCGGCGCCCGGCGCGUCGCCGUCCAAGCCCGCGCCCCUGCCGUGCCAGGUGACGGACCUGGACGACGGCUCGUACACCAUCAAGUUCAGGCCGUGGGCCUCGGGCCGCUACCUGCUCAAGCUGAGCGUCAUGGACCGGCCCAUCCAGAACUACCCGCUGCGGGUGGAGGUGACGCCCCACAACAACCCCGUGAGGACCUUCGGCGGGGCGCGCGGCUCAGGCAAGAACGAGUUUCUGCAGCCGGUGGCCGUGGCCGUGGACGCGGACGGGCGCAUCGCCUACGUCCUCGACACGGGCAACUCGCGCAUCAAGGUGCUGGCCGGCAGCGACCUGGCGUUCCAGCGGCACAUCGAGACGGCCGAGCUGGCGGGCCGGUCGUGCACGGGCAUCGCCUGCACCAAGGCGGCCGGGCUCGUGGUGGUCAACUGGCGGACCAAGCAGGUGAUUGAGAUGUCCGAGGCCGGCGAGGUGGUGCGCACCUUCACCCACCCGCCGUUUCAAGAGCCCACCGCCGUCGCCGUGGAGUCCACGUUCGGCCACAUCCUGGUGGCGGACAACGGAGCCUGCUGCGUGUUCGUCUUCGACAGUGGAGGGAAGCCCCUCUUCCAGGUGGGGCGAAAAGGCAGUGGGCCCGGUUGCUUCAACAUGAUCUCAGGCGUGGCCACGGCGCCGUCGGGGGAGAUACUGGUGGCGGACAACGACAGGAUACACGUGUUCAGCGCCAAGGGAGACUUCCUCGAGGCGCUCACAACCGAAGGUAAAGGGAAGGCACGCGUGGGCGGACUGGUCUGCGACUCGGAGGGGCGCAUCGUGGCUUCGCGCGUGGACAAGGCACGCUCCUACGUGCAGGUGCUGUCCCUCAAGGGCCAGGUCGUCAACACCAUCGACUCGCACGACGCGCCGCUCAAGAGGCCGUGCGGCGUGGCCGUUACCGACGACCAGCACGUGGUCGUCGUCGACCUGGGCAACGAUACCGUCAGCAAGUACCGCUACUGGUAGUGGUCAUCUAGUCGGGCGCUGUGUGUGUGUAUGUUUGUGUGUGUGUGCGCGCGCGACAGGGAAGAGGAGAGGGAGAGGAUGUGACCUGGCUACAAGAGUCAGGAGCCAUUUGCUGUGCGCUCCGCCCCGGAGGCGGCUGUGGACGAGCUCUCUUCCUUAUCUGUCUCUCUCUCCCGGGUCUGGAUCAGCUGGUGCCGACUACAACGCGUGGCGAGUGUAGUGGGCAAAGUCGGCUCGUUCAAGUUUCCAUUCAUGUGAUUUCGUUUUAGAUUAUAAUUAUUCGCAGCUACUGUAGCAAGUGACGAACUUGUGUGUUGGGCCGCCAAGUGUCAAGUGUGGAACCAAAGGAAGUGCCAUUAUAGUGCGGGAGACUUCGAGCAACUGGUUGCAGAAAUGCACCAUGGUCGAUGGUUGCUCGCUCUGGCCCUUAAUAAUUGUUGAAAGACAUUUUACUGUUGUGAGACUGUUGAAGCAUUUUACAAUUAUGUAUCUAUCGGACUGACAGAUGAUGCAAGUGUUUGGGAUUGUUGUGUAGAUGAAGUAGAAAAGAUUUUAUGAACUUGAAUUUUAAAGAGUUGAUUGGGUGGAAUGAUUGAUUUCUCUUGGUGUAGAUAGUCCGUUGAUAUUCAUACCCUUUGCAACCAAAACUAGAGCUAAAAACGAAUGUUAAAACUCACCACACAACUUUUUUUGUAGCCUCUCGAAUGUAGAUUUUGAUAGAUAAAAAUUAGGCUACUUUGCUUUCACCAAAGUUUUAUACCUAUUUUCAAAGUUAGUAAUUUUAGUAAUUUUUUCUUAAUGACCUUAAAGUUAUCCACCUUUCUGUUAAAGGAUUGCAAGGAUAUGUACUGAGUGGUAUUUGUGCCAAGGCCUGUUAUCGUGCCAUUAAGCUUGGAUUGUUCUAGCGUCUCAAUGUGAAUAUUAGGACUAGCCAUCUGAUCCACCAGUGUGCUCUUAUUGAACGGUCUUUUUUCCUAUGGCUCAACCAUAGCUUUGGGAGGUCAUUGCCACCAUUCUCAGUGUUUUGCCAGAACUCUGCUCACUUGUCUUUCUAAGUUCUAGAUCUUUUUGUGUCUAUUUCUUUUUUGCUUUGAAUCAAUUCUACUGAUUUUGUAUAAAAUGGAGUAGCAAUUUUAGUUAGCCCUUUCCUUGCGACUUAUUGUUAGACCUGUUCCAAGUGACCUAGUCGUUUCUGAUAAUUUCUGUGAAACGAAGCAUUUUUAUACUUAUUUAUUGUUUUUGUAUUAUCAUUAGAUCUAGUUUUUUUUCUUGUUUUCUUUUUUUUUUUUUAUUGUGAAACUUGAGGUUGGCUCUUAUCUCCUGACUGAAGGGGACUGCCAUUUAAAGAGAAACCUUGUUUUAUUUUUAACAAUGGCCAUGUACUUAUGAAGACAGUUUGCCUCUCAUUUAAAAUGAGUACAAAAAUAGUUGUUGCAGUUUGUGGAAGUAAAAUGUUGCUUUCCUACACCAGAAA